UCCAGUCUCUCUGAGGUUCAGUGCUGCUCUCAGUUCUGCGGAGCGACUGUGUGUGUGUGUGUGUGAGUCCAGGUGCUAACCCGUCCAGACGGAUCCAGUGAGCCAGCCGCUUGGUGUGUGUGUGUGUGUGCGUGUGUGUUCUCCUGUCUCCUCUCCAACUCAGACCCCUGCUGUUGCUCCUGUGUGUGUGUGUGUGUGUGUGUGUGUGUGUGUGUGAGCAUGGCGACGCUGGGUGCGGAGGCGGAGGGUGUGUGUGUGCUGUCGGUGCUGGCGCUGCUGGAGCGCGUGUCCGGCGUGCUGGAGGGCGUCCAGAGCAGUCAGGCCCGCAUGGCCGACCAGCAGGGGGAGCUAGAGAGCCAGGUGGCCACCAUGCGCCAACAGGUGUCAGCGCUGGGCAGUGAGCAUGCCCAGACGGCGGCCGUGGUCCAGAAGCUUCUGCAGAAGUCGCGGCGGGUCAGCGCGCACGUCAAGGAGGUCAAGAGCCGCGUGGACAAACAGAACGCUCGCGUCAGGAAGGUGGAGACCUCACAGGACGAGCUGCUGACGCGCAACCGCUUCAGAGUCGUCAUCUACCAGGGGGACACUGAGUUGCCGUCGGUUGCGGUGACGAAGGUUCCGAAGGGGGCGGGGCUAUCCGCGGUGGAGGUGGAGCCGGACGAGUACGAGCCCCCGGAGGACCUGUCGUCGGACGACGACUACGUCACCGCGGAGACGGUGGAGUCCACGCGCGCGUCGCGGCUGAGGGCGGGGCUGCUGGCCACGCGGCAGCGCACCAGCGACAACCUGCGCAAGACGGGCGCCACGCUGCGGCAGGGCGGAGCCUCUCUGGGGGGGCGUGUCCGGGGGCUGGGCCAGAGGGUGGUGCCCACCAGCGAGCAGCGGCAGCGCAUGCGCCAGAGCGGCCAGCGACUGCGCCAGACCAUCGCCGAGAAGGCGCCCAACAUCAGGCUGCGCCCCCCGCGCUCCGUGGCCGAGGGCGAGGAGGAGGGAGGGGCCGAGGUCGUCGCCGCGGCGACCCCGCCCAAGAGCAAGCGCAAGCAGGAAGCGACGGAGCGCGAGCGCCAGGGACCGCUCUCUGAGGAGGGGGCCACCAGCGUACCACUGGACGCCUGAACAGAGAGAGAGGGA